AUUGAUUUAGCAGAAGUGAACAUAACGAUACAGCUAGUGUCGGAUCCGCGGCUGGGAUCUCCUGCCCCAAGGAAGAGAGAAACCGGCUCCUGUCGCCGAGGGAAAGUGGCUUGCCAAAAGUGCUUGAAAGCUGCCUCAACUGCAACCGCUGCAGAGGACCUGCUCAGCUCUUCAUGUCCCACUUCCUGGACUUGCCCUGAUUGCACCCCGGGCAGUUGUGGCUUCACCCUCUUGGCCCCCGGUUUGAAGGAUAUAAAAUGUACCAGAGCUUGGCUCUUGCCCCUAACCCUGGCCAAUCGGCAUACUCCCAUGACUCCAGCAACUUCUUGCAUUCGCCACCUAGUCCAGCUGUGUAUGUGCCCACCAGCCGGGUGCCCUCCAUGCUGCAGGGCCUGCCUUACCUGCAGAGCUGUGAGCCUGCCCACCAGAGCCACCCCCUGAGCAGCCACCCAGGCUGGGCACAGGCAGCCGGUGCUGACACAUCCCACUUCAAUGCCAGCAGCCCUCACCCGCCGUCAGGGUUUUCCUACUCGCACAGUCCCCCAGGUGGUGGCAGCACUGGACGAGAUAGUUACCAGAGCCCCCUGUUACUGGGUGCCGGAGGACGCGACCAGUACGGCAACACUCUGGUGCGUUCCGUCAAUGGAUCCUACUCCAGUCCUUACCCCGGUGCCUAUGUCAGCCCCGCAGAGAUGCCGCCGUCUUGGACUGCAGGGCACUUUGAAAGCAGUGUCUUGCACAGCCUCCAGACUCGGCAGGGGACCUUGCCUGGCAGGAGAUCCACAUUUGAGUUUUUGGAAGAAUUCCCGGGCGAUGGCAGAGAAUGUGUCAACUGCGGAGCAAUGUCCACCCCACUCUGGAGGAAGGAUGGCACCGGGCACUACCUGUGUAACGCCUGUGGGCUCUAUCACAAAAUGAAUGGCAUUAAUCGGCCUCUUAUCAAACCCCAGAAAAGGCUGUCUUCCUCUAGACGUGCAGGUCUCUGUUGCACGAACUGUCAUACCACCAAUACGACGCUCUGGAGACGAAAUGCAGAAGGGGAGCCCGUAUGCAACGCAUGUGGAUUAUACAUGAAACUCCACGGGGUGCCAAGGCCCCUGGCGAUGAAGAAGGAGAGCAUCCAGACAAGAAAGAGGAAACCUAAAAAUAUCACCAAAGGCAAAUCUUCAACAGGGUCCACAACUUCAACCACCAAUUCCCCUUCUUCCAUAACGAACUCUGAAAGCACCGUCACUUUAAAAACGGAACCUACCGUCACAUCACAAUAUCCAGGACAAUCUACUUCCCAGGGUCCAAGCCAGUCUGAAGAUGCCUUAACUGAUGGCCAUACUCAGUUCAAGUACGAACCGGAGGAUUAUGCCUUCUCUUCGUCCACCAUGCCCCAGCAGUCAGGACUGAGUGUUGCUCUUCGUCAAGACUCAUGGUGCGCACUGGCGCUGGCCUAAAAACUGGUCUUCCAUUUUGAAAGAAGCAUGCUGCAGAACAAUCUUUGAUUUUUAGGCGGCCGGUGGAUAGCAAGCCAAAGGAAUCUCCCGCCUUAGUACUUUCAGCCUGAAAAGGCUUUCUGUAAUCAACACAGUGCGAUGUUUUAAAAGAUGGAUGUUUAUUUUCCCCCCCGAUGGAUGGCAAGUCGUACAAAUAUCGAUUGAGUACAGCCAGAAGCGUUCUUCUUGACCCGCCCAGCUCUCGUGGUACUUGGUUCUCUCAAAGCUUUAACUCUCACCUUCACUAAUCGAAAAUGGGAGAAAUGGGGACUUCUGUUCUUGGGAGGAAGGUUUCUCUCUUCCCUGUGAUGCAGUCUAAAUAAAUAAAUUUCAGAAUCUGUUUUAUUCACACUGAUUCUCCCCUCUCCCCCUUAUGACUCAACUGUGUGCAAUUUUACUCCACUUCCCAAUAAAGACUACGAUAGAACAUG